GCUCAUCGCCCUCUGCAUCUGUUAUCUCGCCACACUACCUCUGUUUAACACAGAAACAAUGUCGGUUGCGCGAAUCUCCAGAAGUGUCGUGAAGAAGGUUUUUGCCAUCGAGCAAUCCGAGGGUGCAGGUGCUCGUGUCAGAAGGAGCAUCGGUUCAAUGAACCUUAGAAAUCUGACGCCCUUCCUAAUGCUCGACCAUUUCCACGUUGGCAAUGGCGCAGGCUUCCCCGAUCAUCCUCACCGUGGCCAGGCUACCGUGACUUACAUGAUCGAAGGUUCGAGUCGCCACGAGGACUCUGCCGGACACAAGGGAACCAUUGUUGCUGGCGGUGUACAAUGGAUGUGCGCUGGACGAGGUAUCAUCCACGCUGAAAUGCCUGUGCAUGAACCAGGCAAGCCUGAUCCCCGUGGCUUCCAGCUUUGGGUGGAUCUCCCUAAACAGUUCAAAAUGGUCGAACCCUCUUACCAAGAAUUAGGGCCCGAAGAGAUCCCUGUUGCAUAUCCCGAAGGGAAGGAUGGACCAACCUCCAUUAAAGUCAUCAGCGGGAAGAGCCAUGGGGUGGAAUCUCCCGUGCGGCCUCUUGGAGGUUGCUGGUUCUUCCACGCGACUUACAAGCAGAAGAAAUCGACCAUUUUUCAAGAGAUUCCCGCGGGAUGGACCACUUUUGCCUAUGUCUUCAAGGGCAAAGUCUCUGUCGGCGAGGAUCAGACCAUCCAUGAUUCGUACAAUACCCUCGUUUUCUCUAGCGAGAAAAAUGAGACUGGCGUUUCCAUCACAGCUGAAGAAGAUGGCACCGAACUGAUCUUGGUUGCUGGAGAGCCUUUGGACCAGACUGUAUUCCAAUACGGGCCUUUCGUUAUGACAACCAGGGAGGAGAUUCAGCAAACAUUGCGGGAUUAUCAACUGGGGCAAAACGGCUUCGAGAAGGCGCACAGGUGGAAGAGCGAAAUUGGAGGAUUGUAGAUUAUUGCUCCUGGAUAUACCUGAGCCAAAAAAUAUCUAUGUCUUUUUUGAGGA